UUCGACUACUACUGCUGCUGCAAAUAUAGGGAGUACUGGUACUGUUUGGUGGGUGGUGGCUGUGAGUGUAAUCUAAUCGAUCGCACUUCGAAUCUUCGAUGCUACUUUUUGUUGGUUUUGGACCUUUGGUGGUUUAAUUUAACCAUUACUUGAAGAAAUCUUUCUAUAUAUAUAUAUAUAUACACACACACAUAAUUGGGAAAAGAUGAGCAAUAGCCGUAAGAUGGAGACAAGUAGUAGUACAAGGUCCUUGAAUUUGCUCGACAACGGUGGCUUCUUCGACCUCGGUCACCCUCUCCUUAACCGCAUCGCCGACAGUUUCUUCAAAGCCUCCGGGAUAGGAGCUAUUCAGGCUGUAUCGCGCCAGGCUUAUUUUACAGCCAUUGAAGGGGCAGGAGUACUUGAUUCGGGUGGUGGUAUCCCGCCGGAGAUCUCAUGUGCCAAGAAGCAUCGAUUCCGGGACCUCAAAGGUACUCAUGAGAGAGAAACCAACAGAAAAUCUCUCGAAGCCAUGGUGGUGAAUGCUCGAAAAGAGUCAUUACAAUGGGGGAGUGUAUUCAGGUCUCACUUACGGGCUAAAGGAGGCUUGAGGAGCUCAUGCAUGAUUGGGUAAUAAAAAUAGUGCAGUAGCAGGAGCAAUUACUGGGGUGAACGUUGGCACUUUCAUGCGAGGACGACUCUUCCCAUGAGCAGAUUGUGCAAUGUGCCAUCACUGGAGCUGCCAUUUCCACUGCUGCUAAUCUCCUCAAACGAAUAUUUUAAGUAAUAUUAUAAUAUUGUACGUAGUAGCCAGCCCUGAUCAUCAUCUGCAUCCAUGCAGGCCUGUUAAUUAGUUUUAUAUUUGCCAUUUUUGGUACUAAUUAUAUAUAUAUAUAUAUAUAUUAGUCUUAAUAAACAUGCAUG